AUAAAGCCGUGAAUUCUAAUCAUAAAAGAAGCGCAAAUUGAAUACAAAUCUACCUAACAAAUAACUGUGUCUGUUAGUUUAGUUAAAUCUACAUUCCUCAUACACAUUCCAGCCAACUACUUACACUUGUAUUUUCUUAUUACCAUUACCAUUAAGUUAUCUAUCAUGUGUAAGACUAAACUGAAUCUGAUUGCUGCUGCGUGUGAGAAUAUGGGCAUUGGAUCCAAUGGGGCCUUGCCGUGGCGGUUAAAAAAAGAAAUGGCAUACUUCUCUACAAUGACAAUAAAAGUGAAGGAUCCGUCUAAGGUCAAUGCGGUGAUCAUGGGACGGAGAACUUGGGAGUGUAUCCCACCAAAGUACAAACCACUGUCCGAGAGAGUUAACAUUGUGCUUACGCAUAAUGUUGAUGUUUUGAAGGAAAAGGUCCCAGAAGGUGUGAUAGUAGUGGCGAGCAUAGACGAGGCCAUCUCAUACAUUGAGGGGAGGGAAGACAUUGAAAGCACAUGGGUCAUUGGAGGCUCUUCAAUAUACCAGGCCGCCAUGGAACACCCCAACUGUGGCAAGAUCUACCUGACGGAGAUACAGAGGAGCUUCGAGUGCGACACCUUCUUCCCCAAGAUACCGCAGGAGGUGUUCAAACAGUUGGGUAUGGAUCCAAACUUGGUGAAGGAAGACGAAAUACCUGAAGAGAAGCAGACAGAAGGAGACAUCAGCUACUACUUCAGAGUCUACAAGAUGUUAUAAAACGGCAUCUAUCUCGAAACACCAAACGUAAUGCUACCACCCCACUUGGCUAUUCGUAUUUGCCAAAACUGCUAUGUGUGGUAAGUAAAUACGCCAAAAUUAUUGCCGAAUUUGCCUCCAUUUUUGGUAUUUGGCAAAUACAGCUAACAUCCAAU